AGUGUCAAAAUUGACAUUUGUCAAAUCUUGGGGUGACGUCAUUUCGCAUUUAACAAAUUUUCAAAAUUACAUUUAUUUACACCGAAUUACACGAAAUCUUAUCAACAUCACGAUAAAACAACCAUGGCCGAUCCGAAAUACGAGAACCUGCCGGGCAUAGCUUACGACCAGCCAGAUGUAUAUGAGACGGGGGACCUGCCCGAGGCGGACCAGCCGGAGCCCUACGAGGAGGAGGAGAACGAGUGCAUCGAGCAGCUGCACGUGUCCGUGAAGGAUUCCUUCAACAAGUUUAAGGGGAAGUUCCUGACCGGGAAUGUGGACUUCUCCGAUCGGCUCAGCAGGAAGACGAGGAUUGGGUACCGGUCUGGAGAGUGGGAGCUGGCAGCUGAGGGCGAGCCGGAGACACCAGCGGAGAGGUACAACCGCCUGCGCUGUGAGUUCUCCGAGCUGCUGGAGCAAGUCACCGAACAGCAGAACAAAGCUAGUGAGAGUGAAAAGGAUGAGCACACAAAGUUGGCGGCUCAAAUCAACUCCACCAAGAAGCUGCUGGAAGAACUGAAGCUGGAUGAGGGAGAGCAAAUAGAUCCUAAGGCUGAGAAAUUGAAGGAAUACCUAUCCAAGGGCAGCAAGAAGAAGGCGGGUGAGAUGGCGGUGACUCACCUGAAGCUGCGGCCCGAAGUGGCGCUCGCGCAGACCACGCGGAUCGCGCAACUUGAACACAGAUUACAUAAGCUGGAGCAGGCAGCGGGGGUGCGCGACGAGGAGGCAUUCCGAAGACUGCAGGCCGCCACCGGAGAGGCGACUCUCUGCGGCGCAGCAGCAUCCCUGGCCGCGCAGGCGUCACUCCUGCGUCCCGGCGAGCUCGCGGCCGCCGACGCGAGAGUGACGUCACUGCUCGCUAAUGUUGACGCUUUGAAGGCCGCUGUUAGGCCGGCUGACCCGGAGGCUGAUGCUAAGGUGAACGAGCUGCACAAGCUGCUGAAACAGAUCGACGGCAUCUCGCACUCGGAGAUACUGGAGCGGAUGGAGGCGCUCGAGUCACUACACAACCAAGCGAGCAACUUCAGCAAAUCCCUGAUGGAGCUCGAAACCCUUCAAGCCAGCAUCGCGGGCGGGGUGCAGAACAACAAGGAGCUACUACAGGGUGUCCAGGAAGUGUUCGCGCACAACGUCGACAGCGUACAGAGAGAGAUCAAGAAAUUGGACGACAGGAUUGGGAAACUCUCCGCGUGAUAAUGAUGUUAAAUUAAAUGAAUUGUUUGAAUGACCAUAGGAGAAAAUGUAUGGAUGGGAAUUGGAUGCAGUAUACAGUUGGAGUUUCUGAACUGUGGCUCCUUAUUCUAAGGGAUGCAUACGCUAGGUAAAGCGCGCUUGUGAUUAGUUCGAUUGGCAGCCAUUUUUAUAAUGCUGACUGGCCGUGAUUGGCGAUUUUUUGUAUGCGUGCAUCCCGAUUGGCGCUUAUGUAUUAUAGGUGAUUGAUGAUGAUGCUGGAGUUAUCAAUGAAGUCGAUUUUGAAUGCACACACUUUAAUUUUAGCAUUGGCGAGAUGUAAAAAUCUUUUUAAAAAUUUAAUUUUGCUCUCAAAAUCGUCUCCAGUUUCUUGCUAAAUCCAUGGUCAAAGGUAUGAUAGGAAUCGACCCAAAUAAAAAAUCCACAGCUUUUAUAUCAUAAAAUGUUAAAACCAGUGUCUUUUAUUACAUAGGUAACCCAACAAAAUAGGCAUAAUGGAAAUGAGUACUGCCAUAAUACCUAACUGAAUCUGAUGAUCUUAAUUAUUAAUCUUCUGUUAUUUGCUAUUACUGGUGCCAGUUACAAAUGAUAGGUUGUAUCAAUUUUUAGAUUUAGUUAUUACAAUUACAUUAUUCUCUCCUGCAUUUUUUAAGCUUUAAAAUGUUUGAAAGGAAAAUAUGUAAUCAUUUACUGCUAUAAACGUUUCUUGUAUUAGACUGCUAAGAAUAUUAUUUAUUUAUUUGAUAUUAAUAAAGAGAUUAUAAUAAAAUAA